AUGCCUGCACGGAUGUUCUCUCGGCUUCACUUUAUUCCGUUUGAACUGGAAGCUGUCUCCACCACGGCAUCACGGGAUGGCGGAACGUCCAGUGUCGUUACUCCCCGUCCCCAUACUCCAAACCGGGGGCGAUGGGCUUCGUCUUAUAGUGGCAACUCCCUCAUUCGUUUCCCAGGAGCCAACAUGGAUCCCGAUUUCCACUGCACUUCGAAGCAGGAAAUCGACUGGCGGACCAGUUUCGACCAGGGUACCAUGUUGUCGACCAAACCUUUACCCAUGCCCAUCCUGGUGACACCCGUCCCCGGAUAG